AUACCGACGAAGCCCAUUACCAACUUCACAUAAGAUACUUAUCAUUUUCAACAUUUUAUUUCUAACGUAGGUAUACCAUAUCGCCAACAACGUACAAGUCACAAUGGCUGGUCUAAAGUUGCAUUGAGACUGUCCUUCUAUCAACUAACAAACAGCAUACAAAUUUGAACUUUCCGUACACACAUUUGUGAGCUUUCUAGCUCUAACUUCUCGAAGAUGAUACUACAAAUGCAUCCUCUUUAUACACAGCGAAUAGCUCAAGACCAUGCAAUAGAACCAAUACAAAAACUCUUCAUAACAGCAAACAGACUAUAAGCCAGGGACCAAAAGAAUCUGCAUCCUAAAACAAAACAAAAACAAAAAAACAGCCGGUCAUAGCUCCCUUAACGAGGAUUAUAUAACGCCAGAGUAUGAACGGGGUUCAACCUAACUGCUAGGUAUUCAAUUCACCAACUUACCAGUGUACAUAAUCGAUCCGCUGGCUGAGGUUGGGAAAUGGCCUCUAUAUUCACUUUUGAUCAUGACCCUCCACGGGUGCACUCGCCUUGGCGGUCCGGCCAGGAUUCCGGAAAGAGGCCUCAGGCUGAGCGUUCCGUAACUACCGGCGCUAUCCUCGAGUCGGAACAGCUAUCCGAUCCUGACUUGGAGAGACUCGAAGCAGAGCCGCAAGAUGGCCCCAUCGAAUACAAACUGCACCUCUUACUACGCCCUCGGAGGAUCUAUAAUAAAAUGAGUACCACGCUUAAAGUCUCUGGGUCUCAGCAGUCCAGGCAGAUACGAGAAUCAAAGCAGCCAAGACAAGGAGGUAAUAUUCCCCUCGCUGCUUCGAAUCAAACUAGGCAGAACCGCCUCCAUCACUUAACCACUCAGUUACUUUGGAGAUUACAGCAGUCGUCACCAAAUCAUUCCAAUGCGAGACGUGAACUUAUACUACCGAAAUUACCUGAAGACAUUGCCGACCUCGCAGCACUGGAGAAGCCCCAACAGCUUCUUCCAGGCCUGGAAGAAUCUAAUGGAGCAUUGUAUGAAAUAGGAGUAGCUGAUGAUGGAACGUUCGUGGGGCUGACUAAGGAUGAGAUGGAUGAGAGUAUGACGACUCUGAAAGUUAUGGCUGCUAGUUUGGGAUGUAGGGUUGAGGUCCAGCGCAUGAAAGCUGUCGGCAGCUGCGAGUGGACAGAUAGCACGUCGGAAUUGAGCGACGAAGUUCAUGUCGCGGAUCUCUGGGUGGCAGAAGCACUUGUCAUGCCAGUGAUGAAUACCCGGAGCAAUAGAAACGGUCAACAAAAAAACCAACCGGAUAUUGAGGCUAGGAGAGGUGCCUCAGUUACCGAACAGCUUCGAGUUUCGCUUAUCGGCCCGACGACUUCUGGUAAAACGACACUUCUGGGAACACUGUCAAACGGUACAUUAGAUAAUGGCCGAGGAAGUAGUCGGAUCAACCUAUUGAGACAUCGGCACGAAGUCGUAUCCGGACGGACCAGCUCCAUCGCACAGGAGCUCAUCGGCUACGAUGACCGGAAGAUAUUUAACUAUAAUGUCGACAAUAUCAACGAAUGGCCUGAUAUACAUGAUCGUGCGGAGAAUGGCCGGCUGGUCUUUCUGCUCGACUCUGCCGGACAUCCUCGAUACCAGCGGACCACUCUUAGAGCUCUGGUUGGAUGGGCUCCUCAUUGGACUAUCCUAUGUAUCCCCGCGAACGAAGACGGAAACCCUACCUCUGGAGUACACUCAUUACAGGGUGCGGAUGGUGCCAUGGGAAUUGGAAUAGCGCCGAUGGAUCUGGCUAUGGCACAUCUUGAUCUGUGCCUUAAACUUACCAUACCUCUUGCCAUCCUUAUAACUAAGUCUGAGUUGGGACAGCGCGCGCUACUAAAAGAGAAACUAAAUAUAGUAUUCACCAAGAUCAAAGCUAUGUCGAGGACACCGAAGCUGCUUACUUCCGCGGUACGUGACGAGGAUAGCCUUACAGAGGUAUCCGAAAACGACUUACAGAAGGUCAAGGACGAGGUCAUCGAGCCAAUUUCCAAGUCUACCGAUCCAUUAUCGAUUGUUCCGAUCAUACUCACGAGCGCUGUCAAGGGCAUAGGUAUCGGAUUAACCCACGCUUUAUUAAGAAGCUUGCCGGUCCCGCCUUUGCCUACGGCUCGAGACUUUGUCCCAUUGGCCUUGAAUCCGGAGCAACCAGCCGCAUUAUUUCACAUUGACGAGGUUUUCGAGAUGUCAUUGAGCCGUGCCCAAAGUGCCGCAUCGUCCACGUCGAGCGAGAGUGCGCCGGUGGUAACGGGGUACCUACGAUUUGGAAGGCUAUCUAUCGGUGAUAAUGUAGUAUUAGGUCCUUUUCCAGGGGAUGACGAUGACGCCGGUGCUCUGGUGCCAGAGGACUACCCUUCGCCUGGAUACGGCCUGUCAAUCCCACAUCCAUCAUCUGCGGAAUUUGCUCGUCUUAGCUCUCGUCACACACUCUCGGCCUCCAAAAUCGAGGGUGAGUGGCGGCAAGCAACGAUCGUAAAUAUCCGCGAUUUGAGACUUCCGGUGCAAACAAUCGAAGCAGGACAAGCAGGCUCUAUUCAAGUAGUUUUUAGCAAGCCUCGCGAGGGCUCAUCUGACACAGGCGGCGCUGCCCUUGAAACUUUAAGGAUAUCUAGUACUCGACUUCGCAAAGGACAGGUCCUCGCGGUGCCUAGCCAGCACAUGAUUGAUACGGGUCUCUCGCUCCAAGCCGCCUCCAGUCUAAUAGCUUCUUUCAAAACACCGGAUGUCAAGUUACUAACUGUCAAUAGUCUAGUGAACGCGUACGUGGGGAUGGUUCGUGCGGCCGUUCGGGUACUAGGGGUAAAACGUCAAAGAUCUGACUUUGGUGCGCGAAAGGUCGCGACGGAAGAUAACGAUGAUGUUUUCAAUAUGAAUGAUCAUAUCGAACUUGAGCGUACCAGGUCAGAAGCGGACUUGGAAGAAUACCAUACGCAGUAUCAUGUCUCCCUGGAACUUUUGAACCAUAGGGAAUGGAUCGAACUUGGAUCUCAGAUCGUGCUCGUGGAAGGCGGGUCCAAAGAGAAGUCGGGCCUUGAAGGGUAUGUCGGUCAGGUAAUUGAAAUUGGAGAGUAAACAAGCGAUGAAUAAUAGACCGUGUAGCAGUAUUAACGGUCUAUUUAUUAGGGGAUAUCACAACGGGAACAAGCAGUGAGAUAACAGUGAUAACGACGU